UAUCGGAGUCUGGGUCAUGCAGCCCCGAGCUCUGCUCUUGCUGCUCUCGGGGGCCCUGGCUCUGACCGAGACCUGGGCGGACACCAGGACACGCGUCCUGUCCACCCCGGGUACGCACAGCCUGAGCUAUUUGCACACCGCGGUGUCCGGACCUGGCCGCGGGAAGAACCGGUACAUCGUCGUCGGCUACGUGGACGACACGGAGAUCCUGCGGUUCGACAGCGACACCGUGAACCCGAAGAUGGAGCCGCGGGUGCCGUGGCUGGAGCAGGCGUGGGUGCAGCAGGAGGACCCAGAUUUUUGGAAGGACCAGACGGUGGAAACCAAGCAGCAUCAGCAGAUGAGCAGAGCGAACCUGAACCAGCUGCGCGCCCACUACAACCAGAGCGAGGACGGGUCUCACACCCUCCAGGAAAUGACCGGCUGCGUGGUGGGAUCGGACGGGCGCUUCCUCCGCGGGUACAGUCAGUUCGCCUACAACGGCACCGACUACGUCCACCUGAACGAGGACCUGCGCUCCUGGACCCCAGCCUCCAAAGUGGACCAGGUCACCGGGAGCACCUUGGUGCAGGUCCCUGACGCGGACAACAGUAGAUUCUUCCUGAAGGUCACGUGUGUGCACCGGCUCCAGCUGCUCCUGGAGAAGGGGAAGGACACGCUGCAAAGAGCAGACCCUCCAAAGACACACGUGACCCACCACCCCAUCUCUGACCAUGAGGUCACUCUGAGGUGCUGGGCCCUGGGCUUCUACCCUGUGGACAUCACCCUGACCUGGCAGCGUGAAGGGGAGGACCUGACCCAGGACAUGGAGCUUGUGGAGACCAGGCCUGCAGGGGACGGGACCUUCCAGAAGUGGGCAGCUGUGGUCGUGCCCCCUGGAGAGGAGCAGAGAUACACAUGCCAUGUGCAGCACCAGGGGCUGCCUGAGCCCCUGACCCUGAGAUGGGGUGAGGAGGGGGCGUGGGCACAGAGCCUCUCUCUCCUCAGGGUGUCCCUGAGCAGGGUCAGGACUCAGGCCUCAGGUUGACCUCU